UGUCAUCCUCUUCCAUCCCAAUAUGAAUGGGACGGAGGUAGUAGCUGAUAAAUGUAAUGGACUUUCAGUUUCUUUUCCCCCACUAAUUUUCUGGUCAAAGCUUCUAUCUACCUUUCUUCUUCUUCUUUCUCUAUCACCAAGUACAAAAGACCCAUCAAGCUUCCAUGGCCGACGAGUCCACCUCAUCCUCACAUCUAUGUAUCACUGUCCUGAAAAACCCAUCGGAGGCCCAUCUCUCCGAGCUGGGAAUCAAAUCUUGGCCCAAAUGGGGUUGUUCACCAGGAAAGUACCAACUGAAGUUUGAAGCCGAGGAGACGUGUUAUCUGUUAAGGGGAAAAGUUAAGGUUUACCCAAAGAACGCAACUUCGCCGGAGACAGUGGAGUUCGGCGCCGGCGACUUGGUCACUAUACCGAAGGGACUCAGCUGUACUUGGGACGUGUCCGUCGCCGUCGAUAAACACUAUAAGUUCGACUCCUCGUAACGAUCUAGCUAGCUAGUCAAAAUCACAAUUUUCUAAUUCUUGGAGUUUAUUUUAUUUCCUUAAUUUUCUAUUGUUACCAUAAUUAGCAGAAAUGUCAUGUUUGAUAUCCUAAAAAACUAGCAGCAGUUUUGCCAUUUAUGUUAGUGUGGUUGGAAAGUCAUUUAAGACUGUCCUUUAAUAUAAUAAUGAUAGUUUGAAAAGGUGUUGUAGUCAAAGUUCUUUCUAAUUUUUUUUUGGGAAAAAUAAUUAAAAUACCCCAAACUUUGAAGUGGUGUGAGAUAAAUAUCCCAAACUUUCAUAUGUAAUUUAAAUACCCUAAAUUUUAUAUAAAAAGUUAUUUUAGCACCAUGUUCAUAUAUUACUUUUUUCAAAAAUGGAAAUUGAUGUUGUUAAUUGCAUAAUUCAGAAAAAAAAAAAAUUAAAAAUGCUCCAACUAUAUAGAGUUGGGGUAGUAUUAUUUAUUUUACAAUGGAAGUCUAGACUGUUAAUUGUAUCUUCAUGAAUACUAAAAUAUUUUAAAUUAUGAAAUUAACACAAAAAAUUAACAUUUUUGAAAGAAAUAAUGCAUGAUCAUGGUGCUAAAAUAACUCUUUAUAUAAAGUUUAGGGUACUUAAAUUACAUAUACAAGUUUGGGGUGCUUACCUCACACCCCUUCAAAGUUUGGGAUAUUUUAUUUAUUUUUCCCUUUUCUUUUAUGGGUCGACUAGAAGCCUAGAAUUCAAUUACGGAGUACGUUUUAUUUUGUGUUUGUAAUUCUUAAACGCAUUAAAUAUCAUACUUUUCAUAUUUGUAACCCUCACUUAAUGACGAUUUAAUAUUACAAAAUACUUCAUACU